AUGGCGGGCGCCGGCGGCACGAGGGAGCGGGAGGAGGAAGAGGAGGACGACUUCGUCUGCCUGGAUCCCUCCUUCUUCAUGAACCGCAACUACGAGAUGAAGACCUUCACCUACGGCUCCCAGGAGCUCCAGCUCCUCUGCCUCAGCUCCGCCUGCACUGAUUAUGAUCUUACUGGACAAUUAGUGUGGCCAGGUGCUGUUCUGAUGAACACGUACCUAUCUGAACACCCUGAGACUGUGAAGGGGCGUUCACUAAUUGAGUUAGGAUCUGGGAUCGGCAUUACCGGCAUAUUGUGCAGCCGUUUCUGCAAAGAGGUGGUAUUGACUGAUCACAAUGAUGAAGUUCUAGAGAUUAUAAAGAAAAAUAUAGAGAUGCAGUCAUGUUCUGGCAAUGCGGAUGCAGUGUUGACUGCUGAGAAGCUAGAAUGGGGAAAUCAUGAUCAUCUAAGCAAUAUCAUUGAAAAACAUCCUGUUGGAUUUGAUCUCAUUCUUGGAGCCGAUAUCUAUAUCCUUCUAACUUUUCUAUGCCCCUGUGAAAGCUUCCAGCAAGCUAGCAUUCCAUGUCUCUUUGAUACUGUAGAGAAGCUUCUUCGUAUGCAGGCCAAUAAAUGUAGAUUUAUACUGGCUUAUGUAUCACGAACCAAAGUCAUGGACGCACUGGUACUGAAGGAAGCUGAAAAACGUGGAAUGCUUGUCGAGGAAGUGGACGGGACAAGAACAACCAUCACAGAUCUCGAAGGCGUCAUAUUCGACAUCACCCUCAAAUGA